AUGUCUGUUUAUUUCAUUAUAUUUGGAAUAAUAAUUUAUACUAAUCAUUUUGUACGCAGUGAUGAAGAUUAUUCUCCGCCUAAUAUGUUAUGCCCAAGUGGUUAUUGGCCAGCAAAAGUUAACAUAAGUGGAGGUCUGUAUAAAACUGAUAGAACAUUUGAACUACCUUACAUUCCGGAUGCUAAUGAGCCAAUAUGUCAAUUCUGUCCAAAUGUAGGCUGUUUCAUUGUACGGAUACCAACAAUAGAAACAAAAAAGACUCGAUCAUCAAAUGUAGGCAAAACAACACAGCCACCAUCCAGCACUGUGACGACAACAACAACAACAUCACCACCAAUGUCAACAACUUUAACUGAAAUGGAUUUAACCUCUGUGAAUAAUGUAACAGGAGGAAUGGAUUUAAAUGAAACUCAAGAACAGAUGAAUACAACAUCAACUGAUCCAAUUACUCAUGAUGUUUUGUAUAUGUCAUGUGAUCAUUGGGAUCAACUUCCAUCACCAUCAGAUAUUGUCAGUUAUUUAGAUUGUGUUAUGAUUGAGACCCCUUUACCAACAGUUGAUUGUGUAGAUGCUGAUUUUUUAGCUUGGAUUAAAAAUGGAAGUGAACUAUUAGGCUUAGAGUUAGGAUUUCGAAUGAGAACGAUACCACCAUUUCUAUUUCGUUAUCAUCAACGUAUAAUGCAGCCAACACAAUAUAUUUGUAUUGACGGAUCAAGUUUAACAAAUAAUUCCUUUCCAUUUGAAGAUACAGAACGUUUUGCAAGUAAUAAAUUAACUCAAGUUGUAUUUCGUACGUCUACAUCACUGAAAAGAGAACGUCUUCCACCGAAAGCAUUAGACAGUCAUCAUACAACUGAGUUUCAAAGUGAUGAAGAAAUUCAAGCUUGUCCAUUCAUUGUUCAACAUAGACCAGCUAAUAUAACACCGAACGCAGAUUGUCAAUUUUCACCUGGUGGUCUACCAACUACAUCAGAUAAGGUUAGUUCAGAUCAAGCUUUAGAACGUUGUCCAUUUCGUCGAUUAACAAAGAAAAAGCCACAACAAAAACGAAGAAAAAGUAAUACCAGCAUAGGUGAUGAAUUAAAUGUACCACCAUCUGUUUUAUCCGCUUGUUUACUGAUAGUUGUCUUAUUAUUGACUAUUGGGAUAAUUAUUGCAUUCUGUGUAAUUAAUCAUGAAAAAUUGAUGCUUUGUAAAUCACGUAGUAGUAAACGACGUGAAAGAGAAGCAGCACUUGCUCAAGAAUUAGCUGAAAAGACAGCAAAAGAAGCUGCGGCUACAGCUGCUGCAGAAGCUGAACAACAACAACAAGCCGCCGCUGCUGCAGUAGCUGCAAGACAUCCUAUAUAUGCAAGAUAUGGAAUGAUACCACCAAAUAUGGGUGGUGCAUUUGGCGCAUUUGCUCCAAGACCAAUGGACUUACCAUCAUCAUAUCAAACAGCUCCAGGGAAUAUGAAUAUAUCAAACAGUGUAGGACGUUCUAAUCCUGGAUAUGGCGGACCUAUGUAA